GGCGUCCCGUUUCUGCCAUCGAGUCGAACAAACAAACCCUAGAACUCCAAUACCCCAUCGAGCCCCGGAAUAGUACUCCGCCCGCCUUGCGGAAACAAAUCGAAGAAGAAGAAGGAAGACGCAGCCGCGUGCCCCCCCAUCCAUGGAUCUGGAGAUCGUGGGCCGGCACGCGCUGCUGUUCGACGACGACCCGACGGCGGAGGUCGUCAACUCCGGCGGCUCCCUCGUCCCCUGGGCCGCCGUCGGCGCGGACGACCUCCUCCUCGACCGCCACGACGUCCGGCACCUGCUCGACCGCGUGCCUCCUCGCCCCCGCCGCUCCUACUCCGCGGCCCUCCUCUCUGCCCCCUCUCUGGAUGGCGUCUCCGAGGCUGAACUCGACCGCGAGCGCUUCCUCGACCUCACCGCCGACGAUUUCGGCGGCGAGGGCUCUCAAGAUGCGGUCUCUUCAGGAAAUGGGACAGAUACAGGUUGGGCUGAUUAUAAUUCUGUCCCUUUCUCAUAUGGGAGUACUGCUGGUUCAGAUGAUCCAAAUAAUUUGAGCACAUAUUAUUGCCCAUCUUUUCCCGUGCCUGACAGAUUGUUGAAUAAGCUGCCUCCUUCUGAGAAGGUUCAUCAAAUUAUUGCAAGAACUGCUCUAUUUGUCAGUGAGCAUGGGGGCCAGUCAGAGAUUGUGUUAAGGGUGAAACAGGGUAGUAAUCCAACAUUUGGUUUCUUGAUGCCUGACCAUCAUCUCCACAGCUACUUCCGGUACCUUGUAGAUCAUCCUCAGUUGUUGAAAGAUGGUCUAGAUGCUGAUUCAAACAAGGGCUGCAAAACUGCCAAUAGUGAGAGUGGGCAUGAUGCAUCAUCAGGCGGGGCUUUGUCAUUGCUUGGGGCUGUCUAUGAGUCUGGAGAUGAGGAUGAAGGCAUGCUUCCGCCUAGUCCAAAAAGCACGGUUCCUGGAAAAGACGUGGUUGUGCAUGAGCAAGGUCAUGAAAGCUCUGUAUCUGCUAUACAUUGCAACGAAGAAACACGGGAUGGUCAGAAAGCAACGGCAGCAGCUACUGUUGCAGCUAAAGAUAAAUCUAUUUUGACUAAGAAGAACCCAAUGAUUACUGGCAGCAGCCUUCUUGCUGCUCGCCUAGAGAAGGCCAAAGAUGCCAUGAUGGCAUCAAGUACGUCAGAUGUUUCUGACACAAAAGUUGUGAUUCUGGAACCACCAUCUUUCUUGAAGCGUACAAUGGAGAAAAUAGUUGAAUUUAUUAUCAGGAAUGGGAAAGAGUUUGAAGGAAAACUCAUUGAGCAAGACAGAACAACAGGAAGGUUUCCAUUUCUUCUGCCAUCUAAUCCAUAUCACCCGUAUUAUCUGAAGCUUCUCGAGGAAACUCAAGAGUCCAAGUCCCGUGGUGGUUCUUCAGAGCCCAAAGACAGAAAAAGCUCUUCAGAGCACAAAGACCGAAGAAGCUCUUCAGAGCAGAAAGACAGAAGAAGCCCUUCAGAGCGCAAAGGUAGUAAUCAUGGUAAGGGAGAAAGUAAAAGCAAGAAACGGUCAAGUACUAGCAAGGAUGCCAGUUCUCCUGAUAGAAGCUCUGCUGAGCCGUCAGAGAAGCAGCUCUAUGACAAACACAAACAAGGGAAGGGAAAGUUCCACAUGAUCAUUAGUGGGGCCAAGAAGGAACCUCCUCGGAAUGUCACUGCAGAUGAAGCUGCUGCUAUUGUUAUGGCAGCUACUCGUGGAUUUGGCCCUGCCAAUAUUCAAACAAACACACUGAAGGACACUAGUGGAAUUGGUCAGACCCGUGGAGAUAAUGGACAUACUUCAAGCUUUGGAAGUUUCUCCUCUUUACAGGACCCAGAUGUACCAUCCAAACCUGUUUCAAAUAGUGAGGCAUGUACCUCACUCACAAGUAGUGGUCAGCCUAAAAAUGAAGGCACUGGAAUAAUUGAUGAUGAUUGGAUUGCAAACACUAUCGCAAAAGCUGCUGCUGUUGCAGCCUCUAAAGAAGCUGAUUCUUCUGAAGCAUCCAUGACAAAAGAGCAGAAGCUGAAGGCUGAGAGGCUUAGACGUGCAAAGAUGUUUACCUCUAUUAUUAAGAGUGGUGGCAGCAAGAUGGCUGAUUUGUCAACUUCAGCUGAUCAAACUAAUGAAGCUGGAAGGGCCUCUCCUGGUGAUUUGAACUUAUCUGAGUCUGAUCCACAACCAUCAGCUAAGGAACGUGAAGGUAGCUCUGUGCCAUUUGAACGUGAAGGCUCUAAUCUGGCCAAGCAGGAGAAAGACUCUGAUGACGAACGGAACAGGGCAAGGAAGUAUAGGAAAAAACAUCACCCAGAAUCUGACGAGGAGAACUAUGAUUCAGAGGAGAGCUAUAAACACUCUAGGAAGAAGCACCGUUCAGAGGAUUCAAGAGCUCAUACUAGUGAUGUUCACAAACAUAAGCUCAAGAGACACUCCAAGGAUCUGGAACCCAGGCAUCAUAGGCACCGUGAUAGCUCUUCAGAAGAUGAGCAUGAGCACAGGAGCUCCAAGUCAAGGCAUCGUCACAGGGAUGACUAUCACUAUCACGAGGAUGAUGAGCAUAGGAGUUCACAUAGACACCAGAGGGACCACCGUUCCAGUUCAAAAAGGAAAAAGGACGAUGACCGAGAUAAGAGCAAACAAACUAUAGUUCUCCCAGAAGUCUCCCAGAACCAGGAAAAGCCCCCUGGUGACACUGCUCAAUCCUCCCAGGCAACAACUGAAGUGCCGAGUGAGUUGAGAGCAAAAAUCAGAGCAAUGUUGCUAGAAACACUGUAAAUCUGUAAUACCCUGUGGGGAUUAUGCUGUACAAUGGGAUAAUGUAGCCAACUCUCCUUGUUCAGCACCGACUCAGGGUAUCAAGAAGUGUACUUGUUCGGUUAUCUCUCUCAUUUGAAAUAUGUGUACUGUGUACA